UCUUCCUUACAUCUCCCCUUCUAUCAUUUUCUCUCUCCUUCUCUUUCACGCAUCGUCUUUCCUUUUCUUCCUUUCUUACUCUUUCCCUCCUAAUUAAAACCUCACAUCCUUAUAUAAACAGACCUCUCUCUCUCUCUCUCUCUCUCUCUCUCUCAGCUACAUAAGAAUUUCAGUUGAAAUGGCGAAUGUAAAUGUUUCUGGAGCGAUCUUCAGGCCAGAAUUUUCAAUCUGCGAGCAUUCAUACAUGGAAAAGAGACAGCUCUUCCUUCGAAGCUACCAAUUCAGUCGAAAGAGAAGCGUGAUGGAGAGAAUCAAGCUAUCUCUCGUUCGAGUCAAGCGCCUCGUUUGGGUCAAGCUCCGCUCCGCCAGAAAGCUACGUCGCUUGGUUUGGUCCAGACUCCGGUACGGACACAACCGCAGAAGGUUUCACCGCUUAAUCAACAGAUCCAACGGUGGAGAUUGGACAUUCUCUUCAUGCUGUUAGUUUUAUUUUUCAAUUUUUGGGAUUACCCCAAGUGAAACAUUUUAGGCCUAAUCUAUCUGUGUAAAUUAUGGAAUGGAGAAGGAAAGAUGGUGGGUUUUGUACUUGUAAUCUUUCCUAUCCUCAUGACCCUUAAUAGAUUUUCAGAUUAUAUUUUGGAAUUUUAGUUUAAUGGUAAUUAGUUUA